AUAUAUUCAUCUAUUAUCAACCACAGUUUUUCGCCAUUCUGAAGCGAAAAAAAAUAUUUUUUAUUUUUCAAGUAUUUUUAGCUGUAAGCUCUACCUUUUUAAUAAAAAAUUAUAUGAAUUUAAUAAAUUAACUUUGUUCAAGGAGCAAGAAUGGAUUCAAGAUUGAUGAAUGUAAACAGCGCCAUAUAACCUUGUUUUCGUUUUCGGCCAUUUUGCGUAUUUUAAGAGCAUGUUAUCAUGUCCCAAGAAAGAAGAAACGAUGCUCUCGCACUUUUGAUGCUAAAAUCGCCUAUAAAUGCUAAUGAAAACUCGUUACAAUGGCAAAACGAUCAAACAGCGGCACCAAUUGCGCGAUUAGAAUGCCGCGAUUUCGAAUAUUUGAUGAGAAGAAAUAGGAUAAUUGUAGGACGGAAUAGUAGUACGAACCCAGUAGAUAUCGACGUCAACAUUGGUCAGUCCAGCUUUGUAUCACGCAAACACUUGGAAAUUUAUAUGGAAAAUAACAUUUUUUAUCUAACUUGUGGAGGAAAAAAUGGUGUUUUUGUUGACGGUGUUUUUCAAAGGAAAGGAGCGGAACCUCUACAACUACCUAAUUCCUGUAUACUAAGGUUUCCCAGCACUUCGAUCAAAAUUAAUUUCAUGUCCCUGCUACCUCUAAAUAAGAAGGAAAUACCACUGAAAAUAGCUAUUACAGAUAAUAGGAGAAGCUCCAGUGCCUGCCCCAGUCCAACAGGAACUUUAUCAGCUGCUAAUUCAUGCCCAUCGUCACCUAGGGCUGGUCAGCCGCCUAUACGAAAUGCGUUUUCUUCUAGCUUACCGGCGGCCGCUUAUGCUGUCGUUAACCAACGUGAGAAUGAAGAAGUAGAGAGAAAUGAAGAGUCUAAGCCUCCUUAUUCAUACGCUCAGUUGAUAGUUCAAGCAAUUUCAUCGGCUGCCGAUAAGCAACUGACAUUAUCUGGUAUAUAUGCUUACAUUACCAAAAACUAUCCCUACUACAGAACCGCUGACAAAGGAUGGCAGAACUCUAUAAGACAUAAUCUUUCGCUAAACCGCUAUUUUAUCAAAGUUGCUAGAAAUCAAGACGAACCAGGAAAGGGGAGCUUUUGGCGUAUAGACCCUUCAUCAGAAACUAAGCUAGUAGAACAAGCGUACAGGAAACGCAGGCAAAGAGGAGUGCCUUGCUUCCGUAAUCCCCCUUUUUAUCCGGGCCUAGCUUCGCGCUCUGCUCCUGCAUCACCGAAUCACUUACGUUCCAGAGACGGUAGUCCAAUCGAGAUGCCACCUCCAUCUGCUCCUCCAGCUGCAUCGGCACCCUCAUCUCCUAGAGUAAUGUCGCCUGCUAGGAUUCUGAUUCCACCACAUAAUGUCAUGUUGGCUAAUGGCGAACACUUGAAACCAGUCACGUUGCAUCUUCCUGAAAAUGCCGUCAAACCAACGCCAUUAUUCGUUCAUGCUGUCACUCCUUUAAACGUUUCAAAUCAAUCGCAAGUAGUUAUGUCAGUUGAUUCGCAAAUGAAGAGAGAAUCGGAAAAUAUGGAAGUAUCGAGCGGAAAAAGACUUAAGACCGAAUAA